AUGUUUGACUACGACCGCCUCUCUUUGAAUGUUGCGCAACAAUUCUCGUCUCCCAAAACAAAAAAUGGCAGUGACAACGAUAAAUCUGUGUCUGCACAUUUUGGGGAUGAUGGAAUUUUAAGUAAUGGAAGUAGCGAAUCUCAAAUAUUUGGAAAUGGUUGGGAUAACAGUCCAUCUCCUUUUGAGGGAGAGGGGGAAACUGAGGAAAAUAGCAUUGUUCAUAGCCUUUCCGAAUUACUUCGUCGUCGCUCAUCUCCGUGUACAAACACUGGAAAUUGCUGUUUUGAACGCGAACAUCGAAUGUCUGCUGAUGAAUUUGGAAGUGGAUGUAUUGGGGCAGCUCAACAUUUACAGCGUCAUCGUUCAGCUACAGUUAGCAGCACUGACCAAGUUUAUGGACUUUCGACACCAAAUCGUAAUGUUGCGCAUCAUCAACGGGAACGACGUCCUAUGGAUUUUGGCGGUUAUGGAAUGGAUCGAUUUGCGGCAAUGAAUCGCCGCCUCAGCGAUGACUCGGCAAUGGUUGGCGGUGCAGGUGGUUGUUGCCUCACUUCGUCUGAAAUGCUUUAUGAUUGCGGUGCCAGUUCUGGUUAUGGAAGUCCUGGCCGAACGCCUCUGGCAAGUCCAAGUGCUGCAACUAAAGGGGCAAAUUCUCAUGCUGUUCAAUAUAUUGCAAAUCAACUUCAAAAGUUAUUUGUUGACCGCGCGUGUUUUUGUGAAUGCCCUGCACAUAAUGGAAAUGGAGCAAUCUAUACUCAUCGUCAAACCUGUCCAGAACAGCGAAAACAGCAACACAUUUACCUCAACGGAAAUGGAAAUUGUGUUUCAAAUGGAAAAUCUUUCGGAGUUCAAGCUGUUGCCUUCUCUCCAGCAACAGCCCCAGUACUUUUGAAAGCAACGACAACAACUACAGGGACUAACAAAAACAGCAAUAAACGCAAAUUAAGCAGCGUUUGCGGUGGUAGUGGAGGAAGUACAAGUCCAGGACCGGAAAAUAUUGUUGCUUCUGAGGAUGGCUUUGAUCAAGUUGAAAUUGCUGAAUUUACUCAGUUACUUAGCAGUCCUAAACGAAUGCCGCCUCCUCGCUAUAUCUGUCACAUUUGUUACCAACCUGGACAUUAUAUUGGGGAUUGUCCUCAGCGUUUCAACAGUCCAUAUGAAGAGCUCACCCCUUACCAGGGUCGUAAGAAAUGUUAUGGUGAAUUCCAAUGCGAACAGUGCAAGCGCAAAUGGACUUCGCAAAAUUCAAUUGCAAAUGAAGCGCAGAGUUGUAUCAAAUGUCAUGUUCCAGUAUUUCCACAUAAACAGCUUCCCGUUGACAAAGCAAUCGCUCUUGGCCUUGUUAAAAUUCAACGUCUUCCGGUGACUAAUGUUUUGGCUACUCCGCCAACUCCGAGUGCAGCUUCUACUCCUCUUCCGUCAAAUCAUGGUGUUCUUACUGCAGUGCUUUAA